AGAUCAUCUCCCUCCGCCAGUGAAUCAGACACAUUUUAAAUCUUUCUCUCCUUUCUUCACCGAAUACUCUGCGGUCAGUCAUUCACAAGAGACAAGAUGCCUACGACAGACAGCAAAGAGAAUGCCGGUCGUUUGCGAUCCUUCAAGAACAGAGGAAAGGACAACGAUGAAAUGAGGAGAAGAAGAGUGGACGUGACUGUAGAACUUAGAAAGGCUCGUAAAGAAGAGCAGAUGCUGAAAAGGAGGAACGUGUCGGUUGACCUCCUCGAGCCGUCCCCUCUUACAGAGACCAGUAAUCAGCAGCCAGUGGAUUUCGAACUCCCUGUCAUUGUAGAGAAAAUAUUCAGUGCUGAUUUGCAGGCCCAAUUAGUAGGAGUUCAAUCAGUGAGACGGUUGUUGUCCAGAGCUCGUAGUCCACCGCUUGAUGAAGUCAUUAAGAGUGGAGUUGUACCCAAACUAGUAGAAUUCCUUCAGCGCUCUGACAACCAACAGCUUCAAUUUGACUCUGCUUGGGCUCUUACUAACAUAGCAUCAGGGACUUCUCAUCAGACAAGGACUGUGGUCCAGUCAGGAGCUGUACCAAUGUUCAUUAAUCUCUUGGCAUCACCACAUGCUAACAUUAGAGACCAAGCUGUCUGGGCUUUAGGAAACAUUGCCGGUGAUGGAUCAGAGUGUCGUGAUUUUGUCAUUCAUUGUGGCAUCAUUCAACCAUUACUAGCUUGCAUUACUCCUACUGUCACUGUAAACCACCUUCGUAAUAUUACUUGGGCUAUAUCUAAUUUAUGUCGUAAUAAGAAUCCACCUCCAUCAAUGGAAACUAUACAACAAUUAUUACCAAUUUUGACACAGUUGAUCAAUCAUCAGGAUAAAGAGGUUGUUAGUGAUGCUUGUUGGGCUUUGUCGUAUGUUACUGAUGGAUCAACUGAGCGUAUACAGACUGUGGUUAAUAGUGGGGUUGUGCCACGCUUGGUUGAGCUAACUGGAUGUGGGGAGACUAGUUUAGCAUCUCCGUCACUUCGUGCUAUUGGCAAUGUUGUAACGGGUAAUGAUGAGCAAACCCAACACGUCUUGAACUGUGGGGCUUUGCAGCACUUUGAUCCUUUGUUACGUCAUUCAAGGACUAACAUUCAGAAAGAAGCUGCCUGGACUCUAUCAAACAUCACUGCAGGUCAACAAGGACAGAUCCAGGCUGUAAUAGAUGCCAAUCUCCUACCACCACUAAUCAAUAUACUCAUUAAGGGAGAGUUUAAAGCUCAAAAGGAAGCAGUGUGGGCUGUGACUAACCUAACAGCUGGCGGAACUGUCGCACAAAUAAUGUAUGCCCUUCAGAUGGGCGUGCUUAAACCUUUAUGUGACCUACUGGUCGUCAAUGAUACCAAGACGAUUCUUGUUAUACUUGAUGCUAUUUUAAACAUACUGAAUGCGGCGAAGAAAUCAGGACAAGCCGAGCAAGUGUGUGCCUUAAUGGAGGACUAUGAAGGCUUGGAUAAAGUUGAAGCACUCCAGCAACAUGAAAAUGACGAGGUUUAUCAGUUAUCGCUAAAUAUCAUUGACAAGUUCUUUUCUGAUGAGGGUGAAGUAAUGUCUACAAUAGCCCCAACUACAUCCUCGGGUCAACUUCAGUUUGUUCCCUCCGCACAGCCAGGUGCCUUUAAUUUUUGAGUUGACAGUUGUUGCUGAGAUUGAAUUCCCAGUAUAUUCCAUGUGUAAUCUUAAGUUGUUUCUCUUCAUUUGUCUGUGAUUUGUGACUGUGACUUAUUUGUAUUGAUUUUCGUGAUAAUAAUAAGUGUCAGCAUUA